CCCUUCCCCACGACCGGCCGCCUUGCCCGCCUCGCCCGCCCGCAGCGGAGGAGGACGCGGACGAGGGGGUGGAGAGCGGCUGUAGCGGCCGGGGCAGGCGGCGGCAGGAGAGGCUUCAGCCAUGGCCUCGGGCGACACCCUCUACAUCGCCACGGACGGCUCGGAGAUGCCGGCCGAGAUCGUGGAGCUGCAUGAGAUCGAGGUGGAGACCAUCCCCGUGGAGACCAUCGAGACCACCGUGGUGGGCGAGGAGGAGGACGACGAGGAGGAUGACGAGGACGGCGCGGGAGGCGGCGGCGGGGGGGGCGGCGGCCACGGCGGCCACCACCACCAUCACCACCACCACCACCACCACCCGCCCAUGAUCGCCCUGCAGCCGCUCGUCACCGACGACCCCAGCCAGGUCCACCACCACCAGGAGGUGAUCCUGGUGCAGACCCGCGAGGAGGUGGUGGGCGGCGACGACUCGGACGGCCUGCGGGCCGAGGACGGCUUCGAGGACCAGAUCCUCAUCCCCGUGCCCGCGCCGGCCGGCGGCGAGGAGGACUACAUCGAGCAGACGCUGGUCACGGCCGCGGCGGCCGGCAAGAGCGGCGGCGGCUCGUCGUCGUCUGGCGGCGGCCGGAUGAAGAAGGGCGGUGGCGGAGGCAAGAAGAGCGGCAAGAAGAGUUACCUGAGCGGCGGCGGCGGCGGGGCAGGCGGCGGCGGCGGCGGCGGGGCCGAGCCGAGCGGCAGGAAGUGGGAGCAGAAGCAGGUGCAGAUCAAGACCCUGGAGGGGGAGUUCUCCGUCACCAUGUGGGCCUCAGGCCAUACCCCAUGCCUGGAACAGACUCCCUCCACAUCUCCGUCUGCUGAAAUCCUUCUCUUCCUUCAAGACUCAGAUGAUAAAAAAGAUAUUGACCAUGAGACAGUGGUGGAAGAACAGAUCAUUGGAGAGAAUUCACCUCCUGAUUAUUCUGAGUACAUGACAGGCAAGAAACUUCCUCCUGGAGGAAUACCUGGCAUUGACCUCUCAGAUCCUAAGCAACUGGCUGAAUUUGCUAGAAUGAAGCCAAGAAAAAUUAAAGAAGAUGAUGCUCCAAGAACAAUAGCUUGCCCUCAUAAAGGAUGCUCAAAGAUGUUCAGGGAUAACUCUGCCAUGAGAAAACAUCUGCACACCCAUGGUCCUAGAGUCCACGUAUGUGCAGAAUGUGGAAAGGCUUUUGUUGAGAGUUCAAAACUAAAACGGCAUCAACUGGUUCAUACUGGAGAGAAGCCCUUUCAGUGCACGUUCGAAGGCUGUGGGAAGCGCUUUUCACUGGACUUCAAUUUACGUACACAUGUGCGAAUUCAUACUGGAGACAGGCCCUAUGUGUGCCCCUUCGACGGCUGUAAUAAGAAGUUUGCUCAGUCAACUAACCUGAAAUCUCACAUCUUAACACAUGCUAAGGCCAAAAACAACCAGUGAAAAGAAGAGGGAAGAAUGUUCUCGAACUAGAGAAGCAUCUUACAGGAGUAUGAUCAGAAAUAAAUAUGCCUCUCCUUUGUAUAUUGUUUCUAGGAAAGAAUUUUUAAAAAAAAAAUUGAAUCCUACACACCUAAAGGACAUGUUUUGAUAAAGUAGUAAAAAUUAAAAAAAAAAA